CGGCCCAAAAGAAACUCCCAGCCCAGCUCAGGAUCGAAUGGACUAAAACUUUGGAGGAUGAAAUUCCUUCAAACCAAAUGUUUUCUUUCUCCUCGUCGUCUCUGAAACCAUCAAGCAAAGAGAUGUGGCGCACCAUUGACGCCCAUCUGAGGUCCGUACGCCUCCUUCCCAGUCUCUCUUCCCAUUCUUCUUCUUCUUCUUCUUCAUCAGCAUCUUUAUCUUCUUCUUCUCUAUUCUCCUCCGGCCGUUCUUUUCUCACUCGCUCCAUUUCAACAACCCUCGUCUCUCCUCUACCCAAGCCUCACUCAAUUACUCUCUCUAAAACCCUAGUGUUUCCUCCUCUCAUUAACUAUCCAUCGAGUGUUUCCUGUUUUAGCCUUGGAAUUCAACGCUUCCCAGGAUCGAAUUACGGUGUGUUGGUGUUGGCGAGGUGCAUCACCUCUUCAGCCUACACAUUGGAGUGGAAUGAACCAGUGUCGUGUUCCGAAGUUGGAGAUGGCGGUUUUCGGAGUGUUCGGGAAGGAAUUAGUGAUGGUGAAGGGGAUGAAGUUGAGGAGGAUUCUAGACCGUCUAUUCCUGUCAGAGCUUAUUUCUUCUCCACUAGUGUGGAUUUGAGAAGCUUGGUAGAUCAGAAUAAGCGUAACUUUAUCCCGCCAUCUUCUCGUAUGACGAAUUACGUAGUACUUAAGUUCGGGGAUCUUUGUAAUGUGAACACUCAUGCUGCCAGCAUAAGCGGAAGUGAUUGCUGUUUCAUGGUAGUUUUUCAGUAUGGCUCUAUUGUGCUGUUUAACGUUCGUGAACAUGACGUUGAUGGGUAUUUGAAAAUUGUAGAGAAACAUGCAUCCGGAUUGCUGCCUGAAAUGAGAAAGGAUGAGUAUGAGGUUAGAGAGAAGCCUGCCUUAAAUACAUGGAUGGAAGGGGGCUUGGACUACAUAAUGCUGCAGUACUUGAAUAUUGAUGGCAUACGUACCAUAGGUAGUGUUCUUGGUCAGAGUAUUGCUCUGGAUUACUAUGGGCGACAGGUUGAUGGGAUGGUUGCAGAAUUCACUGACAUCAACCGUGAAAUGGAAGCAACUGGGAAGUUCAAAAUGAAGAGAAAGAAACUUUUCCAGUUGGUGGGGAAGGCGAAUUCAAAUCUUGCUGAUGUUAUUCUGAAGCUUGGACUUUUUGAGAGAUCUGACAUUGCGUGGAAGGAUGCAAAAUAUGCUCAAAUAUGGGAAUAUCUCAGAGACGAGUUUGAGUUAACACAAAGAUUUGCAAGUCUGGAUUUCAAAUUGAAGUUUGUGGAGCAUAAUAUUCGAUUCCUACAAGAGAUUCUUCAAAACAGGAAAUCAGAUUUUUUGGAAUGGCUGAUCAUUGCAUUAAUCGGUGCAGAAAUUUUACUCUCACUUUAUGACAUUAUUCAUAGAUCAGCAGCUAAUCUUUAGCACUGUUUGCUUUCUGAUCCUUGGAGUUGGAACUGGGAAAUUUUGGCUCCUUGUAUCGGGGUACGUAUAUCGCCACUGCAAUUUAUACAAUGUACAUAGCUAUGUAAAUUUGGAACAUUCUGCUAUACGACUCCGAUAAUUUCGGAUAGCUCUCUAAGGGUGCAGAAUGGUUGGUUAUAGUUAAAAGAGUAUUUUAAACAGUUCUACAAUUCUUUGUUGAAGUAAUGAAUCUCAGCCUUGUCUUCUUA